CAAUCAUCAUCAAUUCAACACCGAUUCUUCAUCGUCAUCUUCAACUCGCUCUUCUCCUUUCUGCCGACAUCUAACCUUUGUGUCAAGAUUCGAAGAAAAUCUAUUUGCUUUGUCCGAAAGGGAAGGAAAGUUUGAGACUUUGAUUGGUUCCGAUGAAGCUUCGACAAACCCUGAAUUGAUUUGGUCUGUUUCCUAUUGAGAUUUUGGAGGGUUGAAGAAGAACAUAAAUGGGUUGUGCUGGAUCGACACAGUCGCAAGGAGAAGGGUCAGUGAAAAAAAUAAGGAAACCGAAACCAUGGAAACAUACUCAACCGGUCACUAAAGCUGAGCUUAUGAAACUGAGGGAAGAGUUUUGGGACACUGCUCCUCACUAUGGCGGCAGGAAAGAGAUAUGGGACGCACUUCGAGCUGCUGCUGAAGCAGACAUAUCUCUUGCUCAAGCAAUCGUGGACAGCGCAGGGGUCAUUGUUCAGAACAAUGAUCUCACUGUCUGCUAUGACGAGAGAGGUGCUAAGUAUGAGCUACCUAAGUAUGUUCUAAGCGAGCCUACUAACUUGGUUGAAGACAAAUGAUUUUUAAGAGAUCAAGAACUUUUCGAGAAGACAAGAAAGAAGUGUAAAUCUUGGGUUGUGUAAGUAGUUACGUUAGGAGACUCUGCUUUUUUCUAUUAAACACUUUGAAAAAUGAUUCCAACUUGUCUCUCUUUCUCUGACUUGUACUUAGAACGCUGAAAAGCCCGACAAGUCUUUGGGUUUCAUCUUGAUCUGUUUUUCUACACAUUAUUGCUUUGUAGAGGUACUUUGUGCAGUCAUGGUCAUGGCCAGAGUCGUACUUCUUCAUCGUGUUCAUGUUUUCAAGUCUCUUUGUUUCUUUAUGGACUGAAGCUUCUCCAUCUCCACCAUCCAGCAUCUUUAGUCACUCUGAUCUGGGCGGCCCAAUAUCCAAUAAUAUCUCUAGUGGUUGGUAUCUAUCAUAUCACCACUUGAAUCAUGAUCCAGUCAACGUAGAAAGGAUUGACUGAAUGAUGAGGAUUGGUCUAGCUUAUUGCGUCUAUCAUGACAAUCUCUUAGAGCUUACAAUUAAUACAAAAGCUAUAAACAUCAGCUUUCUCCGUCAAAUGGCCUUUGGCGUACUCUGGGGCCAUGUAACAUAUCCACUGCAAAAAUAUGAUUCUCUUAUUUUACAACAAAACUAGAUUUUUAUCCGCACUUCUAAAGCACGGGUAUCAUUUUGUUGUUUUAUCUACAAAGUCUUUCACUUUGAUGAUAUAAAAUGUCAUUAUCUAAUAUAACUU